AUUUGUCUACGCAUUCACAUGAACUUUUGUUGAAAUAAACACUGAUUUCAAUCCAGUGUUAUAUGUAACUUCCGACCACUAUAAAUAGGCAAUAACAAUAACAUAACGAGUUAAGUGGAAAUUUAAUUAAAGUUUUAUAUUUGAACAUUAAACAUUUUGAAUAAGCAAAAUGAACAAAUCUAUUUAUGUACUAAUUACUAUCUCUAUUGUUUGUGUAAACUGGGUAACUCUAGAUGCUAAGCCAGUUCACUUAAAAAGUGAAGCUUCUGAAAGUGGAGACGAACUUCUUGAUAUUAUUAAGGAUGAUCAAUAUUCUGAUUAUGAUGAACUAAAACGAAUUUUUCAAGAAGGCUCCAUUAACGAUCGACAACCUACUAAGACGACUUCGUCAAUGGCAACGACAACACAAAGACCGAUGACUGAGUCAGACAAAGAGGAUAAUGAAGAACCAAUAGUGGAUGAUUCAGAUGACCAAUCACCGUGUAGCUAUGGAGGGACAGUAUUCACAUAUACAAUACACGGUGAUAUUGAUGGAAAUGAUAACAUGGAAUCCAAUAGCCAUGAUGAAGAUGAUUAUAUGCCUGCAGAUGAUUAUGAUUUCCACCCAAUCUAUUCUUGGCUUGGAAGAGACAAUUCUUUUCACCAACGUCCAAGAAAACCGUAUCAUAAACCUACGCGUAAUACGUGGUAUUCACGAUACGACACUUUCCCUUUCUAAAGUUCUCAUAAAUACUGAAUGCAAAGUAAUGAUAUUACACCAAACACACAUUUUUAAUCAGUUAUAAUAUUUUUUAAUCAUGACGUUUAUAUUGAUCAAUUUAACACCCAAUAAAUUACUACUCAAAAUCAACAGUAGUAUGUCUUUAUAUAUUAACUCUUAGUGAUUAUGAUUACUUUGAUGUAGAAUCUGAGUUCCUAUUUUCAUAUUAAACAAGAUUUAAAAAUUUAGAUGCGAAUUUCACUUGAUUUAAUCAUUCAGAGCGGGAUCAUGAAGAUGUUAUAAAUUAAUUAUAAAUUUUUGGAUUCUGGUCUGAAGUGAAAUUCAGGAAGCUCAUUUCAUCAGGUAGGUGGUUCUUUAUCCGAGUGUUGAUAUUGGUGAUGAGUUCUGAACCCAAUACCUGUCACUUUUAUACUAGUAGCUAUCUAGACUCAGUAACUUAGUGGAGAGUAUGUUGACAUUGAAAACGAUGGGUACUAGGUUUAAGCCUUAGUAUGGCUACCAAAACUGAGAUAAAUGCAAAUCCUGCCAAUCUUCAUAAAACCCUUUGACAAUUGAACUAAUUAUUAUUAUUGAACUACGGUAUAUAAACGUCAUUAACUAAAUUACUAAAAUUUAUCAUUAACAUCCAGCUUCAUUGAUAAUUAUUUUUCGCUUUUCAGUCAACUUCUAAAAAUUACCUGACAAGGAGCCUAGAGAUCACACAGUAAAUAAGUUUUGUCUUUGGGAUUUCUAGUUAUCCAUAGUUUCCUACGGAGAGAUAAUGCGUUUUUAUGGACAACAGUUUAACAUUUCUAUAAAGGAUUUUAUCCCAG